CAGUUAAUCAAUUUCUGCAUCUCUUAAAAUCUCCAAAUUUCGGAUAUUUCCUUUUGAUUUUUCAAUCUAAUUCAAGAUGUCUGGAAGAGGAAAGGGAGGCAAAGGAUUGGGGAAGGGUGGAGCAAAGCGCCACCGCAAGGUUCUCCGUGAUAACAUCCAGGGUAUUACCAAGCCGGCAAUUCGCCGCCUGGCUCGCAGGGGAGGAGUUAAGCGUAUCAGUGGCCUCAUCUAUGAGGAGACCCGUGGGGUUCUCAAGAUCUUUCUAGAGAAUGUGAUUCGUGAUGCCGUUACGUACACGGAGCACGCCAGGAGGAAGACUGUGACGGCGAUGGAUGUCGUCUACGCACUGAAGAGGCAGGGCAGGACUUUGUAUGGGUUCGGUGGGUGAGAUUAGGGUUUUGGCUGAGGCAUCCAAGAUGAGGAAGUCUUGCUGUCAAGAAUUAAGUUGGGAUUUUAGGGCAUGUAAUGUAAUUACUGGUUCUAGUUGCGUAGCAUUGUAAUCCAUGGUUUCCAUCAAAGUUUUAAUGGAAGUUUAAAUAUUU